AUGUGGUUGCGCACCUUCUUCUCCUCGGGGCUCUCCAAGUACGUCUUGACCGACAAGAGUGCGCGGGGCGAUGGGCACGGCAAUCACACGCCCGUCGUUCAGAUCUGGUAUCGUAUCCUCUCCAACCUCGUGGCCGCCGUCCUCGUCGCGCUGUCGCUCGCAGCGCUCGCCGUCGUUGUGGCGCAAGGCACGUUUCGCCGCGAAGACGUGCAGUACCACGACCAGGCCAAAGCCUCGUACUGGAACAGCUACGGCGCGUCGUGCAAGCUCAAUCACGCAGGCUGGGUUCCGCACUCGUGCAGCGCCAUUGAGGUCAACACGACCGCGAAUGCCGUUGCGUGGAAUGCCAUUGGCGCCAACGUUGCUGCACGCUUGGCAAUCCCAGCGGGUGCCACGUAUUCGGUGUCGACGUGCUUUAUGGGCGCCACCCCAGAGAUCGGGUGGGCGUCGCUGCAGCUCUUGAUCGGGUACGACGACUUCCCCACGUGCUGCCCCCAAAACGGGUCCCAAACCAUUGCCGGCUUGUUCAUGGUUGAGACGGCGCUGCGCAUGACACACCCCGAAGGCGUGUACCUCGUCACGGGGUUCAUCGACAAAGUCACCACUACCACCAAGGUCUACACUAGUACCGAUGGCUCGACCCACCGCCUUGUCGCCGGGGUCGAAACAAUGCAAGUAGCGCUGAAUGGCACGACGGCCCCCGACCCAAUUGGCCGCAACACGGAGAUACCGUCGUUCCCGCUCGGACGCCGGUACGCAGUCUCGUCCCACAACCAAGCAGUGAUGGUGGCGAUCUUCGACGACUUGGACACGGAUCUCGGCUGGAGCACGGGCCGUGACUCCAAGAUACCAGUGGUCUCGGGCUGGAUCGUCGGGCAUUCGGUCGACAACGGAGACGAGCUUCUUGCGAUGCAAAUCGUAUUCUCCAUUGCAAGCAUGUUGCUCUUCUGGGGCGACGUGUACAUGACGAUGGAGGGACUGCAAGGCGUCCUGCGCAACAAGCCCGUCUUGACGUACGACGUGCUCUCGGGUCUCGAACGUCGCAAGCUGCUCAUGCUCUUUAUCACACUCAACUCGAUGCCGUCCAUCCUGUACAUUGAUGUGGCACGCAUCUACUAUGGCACCGACUCGGGACUCAAAAUCUGGGUCAUUGCCACCGUCUCGCUGAGCAUUCUUGCGGCUUUUGCGGGCUUUCUUGUGGUGACGCUACUGCAGUACGUUCCGUCGCCUCACUGCUUGCACCACCACGUCGCGACCUUCUCGGCCCCCUUCUUUUUGUACGCGAGCAUCAUCAGCGUCGCCAGCGUGAUUGGCGGUGAGAUGUUUACACUCAACUUGAGCUUCAACAACGCCCCCGGGGGGCUCGCGUUCUUUGCGCGCGGCGCGUUUUGGCCGUCGGGGGCGUAUACGCCCGAAGGCGCGCCGGCGGCGAUGACCCACUUGCUUCCCAUGAUGUGGCUGCCCGUGCUCUUGUCGCUACUUGGGGCGAUUGCAUAUUCCAAGCUCAAGCGCAUUCUCGAGGGGCAUUCUGGCAUUGUCAACACCGAGUGGACGACCAAAAAUGCGUUUCUGACCGCAACAACCGUGCCGAAUUGGGUCACGAGCAUGCCGCUGGCGCCCCACCACGGCAUCAAGAUUGGCAACCGCACGUUCUGCAAGCCGAGCACCCAAGUGCUCUUUGGGUAUGCAAGCGUCCCAUCGCCGCAGCCGAGCCCGACGCAGACUUGA